AUGAGGAGGAUCCAGGUCCUCUGGAAGGAACCCCAGGGACCUCCCUCACCCACGUUUGGCCAUGUGGCCAUGACAGAAAACAAGAAAAAGGCUGUCCACGACCUGCUAAAGGGCUCUCACCAGAACCCAGCCGUGCUGGCAAACCAAUUUCGGACUUUCAGCCUCCAGAACUGCUUCUGGCCUCCCAGGGAGGUCACAGGCUUCCUGUCUUUGGACACCGGGGUGCCACCAAACCUUGUUCCAGGACCUCCUGGAGAAGUAUUCAUCUGCUUUAUGCCACCUCUCCACCACUACUCACAGGCAGGCCCAAAAGGUGCAGCCCGGUGGAGUUGCCGCUGGAGGCGCUUCGGCGAGCGCCGGCCCGCCGCCCGCCAGAGGGUUGAAACCGUCGCAUGCCGAGCCGGCUUUGGGGAGCAGGCGGGGGACUGCAGAGGGACGCGCGGAGUGCCCGGGGUUGUCACCGACGCGCCGCGCGCACCGACCCGGGACGCGAGACCGGGGAGCGCCGCCCGCCGCCCGCCAUGGAGCCGCGUGCCGCUUCCUGCCUCUGCCCCUGGUGACUGCCGGGGCGGAGGCGAUAGCCUGCCCGGGCCUGCGGCUCCCGGGAUGUGGGCGGCAGUGGCUCGCGCCGCCUCUCUGCCCAGGCCUUCUCUCGGUCGUCGGCAAGGCAUGGGCGGCAGGGACCCUGCCUGCAGGUGGCGUUCAACUCGAUCGUGGGACAAGCUCACCAUAAAACCGAGGGCAGCUACUUGGCUACGCAGGACUCCACAUGUAAUCUUCGCCGUCGUAGCGAGUGUCUUGGUGGGGGCGCCCAAAGCCAACACCAGCCAGCCAGACAUCGUGGAAGGGGGAGCGGUCUAUUACUGUCCCUGGCCCGCCGAGGGGUAUGCACAGUGCAAGCAGAUCCCGUUUGACAACACCAACAACAGAAAGAUCAGAGUUAAUGGAACCAAGGAACCUAUAGAAUUUAAAUCGAACCAGUGGUUUGGGGCAACAGUGAAAGCUCACCGAGGCGAAGUUGUGGCCUGCGCUCCCUUAUACCACUGGAGAACUCUUAAACCAACACCGGAGAAGGACCCGGUCGGCACCUGCUACGUAGCGAUUCAGAAUUUCAGCGCCUAUGCAGAGUAUUCGCCUUGUCGGAACAGUAAUGCUGAUCCCGAAGGCCAGGGUUACUGCCAAGCAGGAUUUAGUCUGGAUUUUUACAAGAAUGGAGACCUCAUAGUGGGAGGACCCGGGAGUUUUUAUUGGCAAGGUCAGGUGAUCACUGCCAGUAUUGCAGAUAUCAUUGCGAAUUACUCGUUCAAGGAUAUCCUAAGGAAAUUGGCUCGAGAGAAACAGACAGACGUGGCUCCAGCUUCCUAUGAUGACAGUUACCUUGGAUAUUCAGUUGCUGCUGGGGAAUUCACUGGAGACUCUGAGCAAGAGCUGGUUGCUGGAGUUCCAAGAGGAGCACAGAAUUUUGGAUAUGUUUCAAUCAUUAACUCUACAGAUAUGACUUUUAUUCAGAAUUUCACUGGUGAACAGAUGGCAUCUUAUUUUGGAUAUACAGUCACAGUGUCAGAUGUUAACAAUGAUGGAAUGGAUGAUGUAUUGAUUGGGGCCCCUCUCUACAUGGAACGUGAAUUUGAGACCAGCCCUAGGGAAGUAGGGCAAGUUUAUCUGUAUUUGCAAGUGAGUGCUCUUGUCUUCAGAGACCCACAGAUCCUCGCAGGCACCGAGGUUUUCGGGAGAUUCGGUAGUGCUGUGGCACACUUAGGAGACCUGAACCAAGAUGGAUACAAUGACAUUGCCAUCGGGGCACCCUUUGCAGGCAAGGACCAAAGAGGCAAAGUGCUCAUUUACAAUGGGAACAAGGAUGGCUUACACACCAAGGCGUCCCAGAUUCUGCAAGGAUUGUGGGCCUCCCAGACCAUCCCUUCUGGAUUCGGCUUUACUCUCAGAGGAGAUUCAGACAUAGACAAGAAUGAUUACCCAGAUUUGAUUGUGGGUGCCUUCGGAACAGGAAAAGUAGCUGUUUACAGAGCAAGGCCAGUCGUGACUGUGGAUGCCCAGCUUUUGCUGCACCCGAUGAUUAUCAAUCUGGAAAAUAAAACAUGCCAGAUUCCGGAGUCUGUGUCACCUGUGGCCUGCUUUUCUUUAAAAGUAUGUGCUUCAGUAGCGGGCCAGAGCAUUUCAAAUACAAUAGGCCUGACCGCCGAGGUAUACUUGGAUACUCUGAAACAAAAAGGAGCCGUCAAACGCACGCUUUUCCUUGACAACAAUCAGUCACAUUUCAUUUUCCCUCUCACCAUCAAGCGGCAGAAAUCCCUCCAAUGCCAGGACUUUGUCGUUUACCUCCGAGAUGAAACCGAAUUCCGAGAUAAAUUAUCUCCAAUCAACAUUAGUUUGAAUUACAGUUUGGAUGAAUCCACCUUGAAAGAAGGCCUGGACGUGAAACCAAUAUUGAAUUACUACAAGGAAAACACUGUCACCGAGCAGGCUCACAUCCUGGUGGACUGUGGAGAAGACAACAUGUGCAUUCCUGACCUGAAGCUGUCAGCUAGACCAGAUAAGUAUCAGGUCAUCAUUGGAGAUGAAAAUCAUCUUAUGCUCGUAAUCAAUGCAAGAAAUGAAGGAGAAGGUGCCUACGAAGCUGAACUCUUCGUGAUGAUACCAGAAGAGGCAGAUUAUGUUGGGAUUGAACGCAGCAACAAGGGGCUACGUCCACUGAGCUGUGAGUACAAGAUGGAAAAUACAAGCCGGAUGGUGGUGUGUGACCUUGGCAACCCUAUGGUGGCUGGAACAAAUUACUCUCUGGGCCUCCGAUUUGCAGUUCCACGUCUUGAGAAAACAAACAUGAGCAUUAACUUCGAUCUCCAAAUCAGAAGUUCCAACAAGGACAACCCAGACAGCAAUUUUGUGAGCCUGCAAAUCAACAUCACUGCUGUAGCUCAAGUAGAAAUAAGAGGAGUGUCGCACCCUCCGCAGAUCGUUCUGCCCGUUCCUAACUGGGAACCAGAAGAGGAGCUCCACAAAGAGGAGGGAGUUGGACCAGUGGUGGAACAUAUUUAUGAGCUGCACAAUAUUGGACCGAGUACCAUCAGUGACACUCUCCUGGAGGUGGGCUGGCCAUUCUCUGCCCGGGAUGAAUUUCUCCUCUACAUUUUUCAUAUUCAAACUCUCGGACCUCUGCAGUGUCAAACAAAUCCUGACAUCAACCCACUAGAUAUAAAGCCCGCCACCCCCCCAGAGGACACCCCCGAGCUGAGCGCCUUUCUGCGGAACUCGACCAUCCCUCAUCUUGUCAGGAAGAGAGACGUGCGUGUGCCAGAGCCCCAUAGACAGAGCCCCGCAAAAAUCCUCAAUUGUACAAAUAUCGAGUGCUUACAAAUCUCCUGCGUGGUGGGGCGACUAGAAGGAGGAGAAAGUGCCGUCCUAAAAGUCAGAUCACGGUUAUGGGCCAAGACCUUCCUCCAGAGAAAAAAUGAUCCCUAUUCUCUUGCAUCCCUGGUGUCCUUCAAAGUUAAGAAGAUGCCUUAUCAAGAUCAGCCAGCAAAACUCCCAGAGGGGAGCAUAGGAAUUAAGACAUCAGUUAUCUGGGCAACCCCAAAUGUUUCCUUCUCAAUCCCAUUAUGGGUAAUAAUACUAGCAAUACUUCUUGGAUUAUUGGUUCUGGCCAUCUUAACCUUAGCUUUAUGGAAGUGCGGAUUCUUUGACAGAGCAAGACCACCCCAGGAUGACAUGAAUGACAGGGAACAACUCACAGAUGAGAAAACCAUUGAGACAUGA